AUAUAAUUUACAAAGGACAAGAAUAUGUUAAAAACCAGACCCCACUUCAAUCUCUGUGAUUAGGCGAUCUUCUGGUUCAUGAGUGUCAAUGAGUGAUGACAAGCCAGCAACCUUAAAGCCAUUCACGUCAUCAUUAUUGCCUCAUCAUAUGAGAAUGACUGAGAUGCUAGCUCCACCCUCUCAAAACACGUUUUCAACAUAAAAUUUUCUUGCAAUUGUGUUUCUUUUAGAAGCGUUGCACGCAAGUAAUAGAGCAAAUUCACUAAUUCACUUCAUUUAAAAAAAAAAAAUUCUCCUGGCUAAUUGUCAGUUUCAUGUCAAAGUGCAGAUAAAGCAAGAAAACCUUCGUCUCUUUGUUUCUCUUUUUUCUUUAUCAUGUUUUUGAGCUUUGAGGUCAUUUUCUCUGCUCUAUUCUUUCUACUUACUGUCUGGCUUAUCAUUAACCUUCUACAGUUUGUACUUGUUGCCAGCUAAGUCUAUUGCAAAGGAGGAAAAAUGAAAUCUUUCAAAAACAAUCGUAUGUAUAUGGCAGUGAAAUAAAUGGGUUGUCAUGUUCUUUUUAAUAGUGUUAUAAGAGACUGAAAUCACCCAUUGCACAAGCACUGAGUUUUAGUGACCAAUAGCCUCUCUAUCUCGCUCCUCCUCUGACAAUGCCCAGCUGUUGGUUUUUCAACUUUACCUGAGAGACCCUUUAAUCUCAGCUAAAAUCCAAACUAAAUCACCUCUUUCAUUCUCAUCAUCCACCAUUAUUUUCUAUCAGUUACUGCCUGCUGAUGUUUAUAGUUCUCUUCUCUUCAACUUUUCCAGUACUGCCUUUCUGCCAUCACUAUCACAGACUUCCUCCAUUUUAGCAAAAAACCAGCAAUUGUUUCACAGACGAGACAAAACACACUUCUUUUUCCACCAAGAACAGGGCUUUGUAGAGAGAUGGGGUGUGGUCUGUCAAAGCAAGAUGAAGAAGACGAUGUUGUGUCCUUGUGUGGAGAAAGAAAACGGCUACUUAAGUUGGCUGUAGAGAGAAGGUAUGCAUUUGCAGAUGCUCAGUUCAAGUAUAAUGAGUCUCUCCAUGCAGUAGCAUUGGCUUUGAGAUUGUUUGUGGCAAGACAUUCUUCUCCAUCUUCUCCUUUUCUUAUCACUUACCCUUCUGCUACUUCUGCUAAUGUUGACACCAACGAAAACCUUCCCACCACCCCAAUUGUUCUUCAACAGAGGCCAACUGAAACCACCCUUGAAACCGUUGCAUGUCAGCGUUCUGAUUCUAAGUUGGUUUCUUCUAAAUUAGAGACAAAAUUACAAGAAACCCAUGAAUAUAAUAAUGACAAUGGUCAUCACGAGGAGCAGGUUUCCGAGGAAGAAUAUAAUGAAAGUGAAAGUGAAGAAGGAGAAGGGCUUUGUGGCCACUUCUAUGAUGAGGAUGGUCCACCAGUGCCAUCACCGCAGAGGGAAUUUGGGUGGGAUUACUUUUACCCGUUUGAUGAAAUGUCUCAAAUGAGAUCAGAGGUUUUAAAUGGGUUCAGUCUAAGCUCAGAUGAGGAUUUGAGGGCUGCAAGAGAGAAAGAAGGGAUUCCAGAGCUGGAAGAGGAUGGAGAGAAAGUAAUGAAUGAGGAUGAAGAUGCGAAUGUGAAAAGUGGUGAUGUGGAUCAUGAGGAAAAUGGAAUUACAGGUGUGAGAAAUGGGGAUAAUGCAUGUGUAGCAGUCCAAGGGGAGAGUACUGGACUGAGAGUGAUUGAUGAACCCACAAGUGGGAGGGAGUUGUUGGAAGCAUUGAAAAAUAUUGAGGACCAUUUUUUCAGGGCAUACGAUUCUGGGUUGGAUAUUUCAAGGAUGCUAGAGGCCAACAGAGUACAAUUGCAAUCUGGUCUAGAGGAGAUCAAAGAGAGCUCAAAUAAGAUCAUCAGAUCAAUUACAUGGAACCGAUCUACUUUAUCUAGGUCCUCCUCCAGUAAAAGUCUCCUUACAUCUAGUUCUAUAAGUUCUUCAAUGUGGACAGAAUUCAAGACUGAUCUAUUUGAUGACUAUGGAUUGGAUGCGGGAAGCCAUUCGCUGACUCUGGAGAGGUUAUAUGCUUGGGAGAAGAAGCUCCACCAGGAGUUGAAGGCCGGAGAUCAGACCAGGAAAAUUUAUGAGCGAAAAUGCUCCCAUUUGAGGCAGCCAGGUGCUACAGGAGAUGACUUCUGUUACAUGGAUAAACCUACAACUGAAUUGAAAGAAUUGUAUUCCAGGAUCUCAGUAGCAAUAAGAAGUGUAGAGUCAAUUUCUGAUAGAAUAAAUAAAUUAAGGGAUGAAGAGCUUCAGCCGCAACUUCUUGAGCUGCUACAUGGCCUAAUGAGAAACUGGAAGAUAAUGUUGGAAUCACAUAAAUCUCAAAGCCAAAUUAUGCUUGAAGUGAAAUUCUUCAACUGUCCAGCUUAUGGAAAGUUCUGUAAUGACUCUCACCGUCUUGCCACUCUUCAUCUUGAGGCAGAGCUUGAUAAUUGGCAUUCCUGCUUUGCUGCAUAUGUAUCUACACAGAAGGCCUACAUUGAAGCUCUUCGUGGUUGGUUGUCCAAGUUCAUUGCUCCUGAAGUUGAAUUCUACAGCAGGAGAAAGUCUUCACUCCCGCCCUGUAGAAUUAAUGGGCCACCAUUGCUAGUAACCUGUCAUGGUUGGCUAACUUGGCUGGACAAACUGCCAGACAAGGCUGUAACAUAUGCCAUGAAAAGCUUUGCAAAGGAUAUUCAUGCCCUGUGGAAUCAACAAGGAAAAGAGCAGCAGCAAAAGAGGAAGGUGGAUGGCCUAGCCAAAGAACUUGACAGGAAGUCUCUGGCAUUCCAAAGAGCAGAGAGGAGGAUCCUUGGAUCCAAGAUAUCUGAGCAGGAAGCACUGGUCACUAUCCGUGAUCGCAUCGAGUACUUGGCAGAAGGGAGAAAACUAUUGGAUAUGUUCAGUGAAAGGCUAGAUGAAGAGAAGGAAAAGCACCUCACUAACAUACAGGAGACCCAGCAAAUGGCUUUGAGUGGAUUUCAGACAGGAUUUUCUUCAGUUUUCGAGUCAUUGGCCGAGUUUUCUAAAGCAUCUGUGGAAAUGUAUGCUGAUCUUGUAACAUACAGUGCAGAUGCAAAGGCAGCAGAUAAAAAUUACAUCAAGUUAUCCUGUAUGGAUGGGUUGGGCUCUGAGGUUCCUACCAGAGAGGAACAAAUGAAAAUAUAGUAAGGUUUUGAGAAUUUCUUAUCAUUGGUUACUAAAAGAUAAAUGGUGUUUGUAGAGAUUCUAAUCCUUGGUUACUAAAAUAGUGUGUGUAGAGAUUCUGUCAAAGCAUUCAUAGUAUGCUCUUGUUGACAUAUGCCAGAUUUAUAACAGCCUCUUGAAGGAAGAUAUUUGUGUCCCAUUUGCAAAAAUACACGUCUUUCUUGUCUAUGACAUGAAGAUAUCUAAUUGGACUGAGCAGUUCAAACCAAAAAUUAUAUAUACUUAGAUAAUCACGUAUGUACAACUGACGU